AUGUCCAAUCCCUUCGCCCUCGAAACACUUCGUGUCCAGGUCACGAGCGACAAGGCCAUCUACAAGUCUGAGAAAGAGCGAUUUAACCGUCUUCUGUCGGCUGAUGCAGAAGAGAUAACAGAAGCCGACCGCAAAGCUAUCAUUAAUUGGUCCCGCGCUGCUAUCACAGACUACAGCCAGCAGCUGGAGAAGAUGGAGGAGAUUGAUCGCCCGUCGAAAGAAGAGAAGCAGAUUAUGCAGCUGCUCAAUGAGCUUCUCAUGCUUGGUGAUCAAAUCGCCGAAUUCACCUCUAAUUUCGUCAAGGAAUUCGAGGAGAAGUUUGGCACGGAUGAGGUGGCGGCUGAGAGAUUGGGUUCACUGGAAGAAGCAGCCCAUAGAGCUGAUGCUGAGGUAGUGCAGAAGGGCGGUGUUGCUUGUGCUUCUGGUGUCCGGGCUCCCAAAUCAGCCGCGCAGCAUCCUACUAUCACGGUCACUCCGCCAGCUGCUGCUGCCCCUAUCCUGGGGCACGGUCUUGCUGCGGAGCACCAAAGUAUAUCGCACGUAAGCUUCAUCUCGCCGGAAGCCCCAGCCGAGCACGUCGAUACAGCACAGCUGACAGCUAACUGGGAGGACGUCGACGAUGAAGUAGACUGCGAUGCCGGCGGAGAAGGCCUAUUCGAAUCUCGCGACGACCCUGAGGGCAUAUAUGCCACACUCGGUGUGCCACCAACCGCUACGAUGCCCGAGAUCAGGAAAGCCUACCGUGACAUGAUGAAGCAGCUGCAUCCCGAUAGAAACAGAGAUGUCGAGGAUGCUGCUGCUCGCUUUGCCGACUUCAAAAUUUUGUACAGCGAGACCUUAGGAGACGAGAAGAAGCGUACGGCAUACGACAACAUCCAGACGGCUGAUGAGCUGGAGCAGCUUACACGGAGGGUCAAGCAGCUGACUACUCGGUGA